AUGCCGAGCGUCGGCGGCGCUUCGGCGGGAAGGCCGAGCGUCAGUGGCGCUUCGGCGGGAAUGCCGAGCGUCAGCGGCGCUUCGGCGGGAAGGCCGAGCGUCGGCGGCGCUUCGGCGGGAAGGCCGAGCGUCGGCGGCGCUUCGGUAGGAAUGCCGAGCGUCAGCGGCGCUUCGGUGGGAAUGCCGAGCGUCGGCGGCGCUUCGGCGGGAAGGCCAAGCGUCAGCUGCGCUGGAAACGGCGCGACGGCGGCGGGGAUCGUCGGGAAACUCCGGCGGGGCCUGUGA